AUGAAGAGAGGCGCUCUGUCCUCUCUCCUCAACCUCUGUGCUUGGCUUGGGCGAUGGCUAUGGAAAUUAAUCCGGCUGCUCUGUGCUACUUAUCUCGAGGCCGAAGAGGGGCCUUGGCAGCAAUCAUGGGGUCGUGAUCUUCGUUUUGCGCAAUCGACGCUGCUAAGGUCAAAGCGGGUUGCCGGAAAAACCCUAAACCUAAGGGGUUCGAGUCGUGGGACUCACCGAACGACGAAUGAAGGGAGCAGUCGCAAAAGGAGAAGGGUAAAGAUCUUGGAAGACGAUCUUAUUGAAUCGAAAAAAAGAAGGCUUCAGCCUUUACGGGGGUGGAGAUUCUGGUUACCACCUUCGUCAGCCAUAGAGGACAAAGAUCCUGGGCUGAUAAACUGCAAUUCCCAGAAGAGGAAGCUCGUUCAAUGGGCUAAUUGA